AUGUGCUGCAUCUCAUACCUGUUUGAACGCGCCCGUGGUGAAAGUCGCCGUAGAAGAGAAGACGGGCCCCUGGACCACUGGGAUGUCCCGUUCCUCUUCCACCUGGGACAGGCGGCUCGAGACACCGAAUUCGCCGUUUAUGUCGCCAGCACCAAACUUUGGCCUAAGCCCGAUCCGCAAAGCAGACCGUUCCUGAGGUUCGUAAGCCUUUUCAAGUAUUUCGUACAAUUAGACGUCAUGGGCGUCAAGGACCUGUCCUCGGAUUCCUUCGACUUGUUUGUCGACCUCUUGAAUCAAAGGCCUACUCGGCCGACAAAUGCGAUAAAUGACACACAUGGCGGGAAGGUGGAUUUUAUCCCGGACCUUGCUGUGGUAUUGGUACCCGAGGAAUACACGCUUGAAUUGGAGCGAGCCCUGCCCCUCCGCGAGCCUCAUUUCGAGACGACAUGGAAUACGCUUUGGGAGACCUUGGUAGGGCCGAGAUCUAACCACUGGCGCAGCGAUUCUCUCGGGCGAACCAUUAAGCUCUGUCACAGGCUAUGGUUGGAUGAACACAUGCAAGCAGUCGACUUUUGGCGAAGUGACACCCGGGCUCGUGCUUGGGUCGCCGUGCUCACGCUGGGGCAGCGUGAGCGUCCAGCGGGUACGAAGCUGGCGGCCCUCUUAGCAGCACUACUUCUCGAAUGGCGCGGCGUAUUCUACGAAAACCUCAUAUCUCGAGACGAUAUAUUCACCAGGGCCACAAUUGAAGACACGGAUCUCGUGGAAUGGUUCACCCACGAGCAUCUUCAGUUCCUAUCGGAAGCUCUUCUCUUGGCUCAGCGCCGUUGGAUGAACGCCCAAGUGCAGGCCGGCUUGAUAAAAAUGUUGGAGACCUUUGGUAAUCUCCAUGCCAGCUCAAACGUAAUUCUGUGGCUGGCCCACGCAGGGGAUAGGCGCUGUUAUGAUUUUGCUCUUGAGCUCUGUCAUACCUGUAUGGGGCAUCUCAAGGCAGCGCCUCGGAAAUUCGCUUGCAACUGCAGUGCAGGUUAUGGUCUCUUUAUGUUGAUGAGGAUUAGGCCAGAAGGGAGUGACUGGAGGACGUCAUGGAAGACCAUCGUACAAAGCCUUCUCGAGGCCAACCGACAUCGAUGCGCCUUUGUUCUUGGAUUCCUCGCCGCCUUCGCUGUUGUUUAUCCGACUACGGGGGACGAGAGUGAAAUGGCCUGGGCUCUUGAGGGGCUCGAAACUCGGUGCCUGGACCAUUUCGAUGUGGCAGGCUGUAGAGCCCACUCGUCUGAGCCUUACACCAUGUUAGCGUUUGGGGCCGACCCGACUGAUCUCAACGCGGCGGAUGAGGUGUCCAAUUCCGAGGGAGUGAUGAUGGCACCUAAGGACCCAGGGUGCCCUCUGGACGCGGCAGCCACCGCGGUCGCCGGUCCCUUGGUUCGGUCUGGGGCCCACGAUGUUGGGUGUCCCGAACAUACUCGCUUUCUGAAGAAACUUGCAAGAGAUGCGCAUCGUGUGAGCACGUGGAACCUCUUCAGCUUCUGGUUCCGGCUGCUAGACAGCCUGGCUACCAGGUUGAGCGAGACGGAUCGCCCCGACGAAGAACACGUCUCACGCUACGCAGAGCUCUACCAGUCCUUCGUUGACGAGUUCCUGAGUCGAUCCAUCCACCACCCCGAGCCCCGCGACGACUGGUCCUGCCAACCCCUGACCCUCUCCUGCUGCGACAAGUGCACCUUGAUCAACGACUUCCUGGCCGACCCGUCGCGCUUCAAGCUUGUGCUAGACCUAGAUAGCGAUACGAACAACCACGUGGCUAGUCAGUUUGAGGGGGCCCGGUGUGACCUGUCCUACGACGGUGACCAACUCAUUGUUUAUACCCAACCCGAUCCGCACCGCCAGUGGCUGGGUUUACUGACAGAAACCCGCCUCGUGCUACUUUACAUGCUGGGCAAACAUCGCAUCUUCGAGUUGUUCAUGAGGGCGGCAGUUCCCGGUACGGAGCAAACGUACGAGCAUCUUCACUCCAAAAUCAGGAUGUUGUUGGACUGGGAUAUAGGUGCAUACGAUGGACGUCCCGAAACAGGGGGGCUCCCGGACUUCUCGUCUAUUGGCGGGGACGAGGAACCAGAGCCCAUGAGCAUUGACUAGCCAAGAAGAUUAGAGAUGGAGAGUUAUGAUCCAAACAGCAACGAUACACUGAAUAUGGGAGUACUCGUAGAUAGGUAUAACAAG